AUGAGUUUGGUGCCUGUACCAACUACUGACGCUACUGCUGGGACUGGUGGCGCAGCCCCUGCGGCUCGCAGUCAGCCCCAGCAAACGCUCAAUGGGGUUUUGAAUUGGCUCGUGGAGCAGACCCCCGAGGCCGUGUCCAACGCGGCUCACAACCCCGAUGUCGCCGCUACGGUUGAUCAGAUGGACGAGGAGCGCCGCGAGUUUUUGCGCAAGGUGUUUGAGGACAUGACUGGCCGCGACUACAUGGCUGGCGUUCGCGACUGUAUCGAAAUUCUCACCGACCGGGCUAGCACCGUGGCUCAACGCGAAGAAGCCCUCGAAGAUUUGGCUGAAGAAUGCGAGGAUAUUAACACGGCACGCGACUUGGCCAAGGUUGGCGGUGUGCCUGUCAUCACCACCAACCUCGUCUCGUCCCAUGCGGGCCUAGUCUGGCGUGCCGCCGACGUCGUCGCUGUUCUUACUCAGAACAAUCCUGACGCUCAAAGUCUGGCACACGACAAUGACCUGAUGCUACUCAUAGCCCCCCUUCUUGACCAUGCUGAUAACAAGGUCAAGCUCAAGGCACUGCGUGCCAUUAGCGCCAUGGUCCGAGGCUCAAGCGUGCUUCUGGAGGCCUUCCGGUCCGAGCCCGACUCCUACGCCCAUGUGCUUGCAUGUGUUCAACGUGAUGACAUCCGCCUUGCCGUCAAGGCCGUCGUCCUUCUGAAGCACCUUCUGCGCCUCGACCCUGAUGCCCUUGCUGUACUACGUGAGGCAGGACUUGCUUCAUCCCUCGUCAACGUGCUCCUGAACGAUGAGGACGCGCAAUUGUGGGAGCAUGGCUUGCACCUGGUGACACGGGCCAUGGAGCAAAGCAAUGCCUUCCUUGAUGAGCUGACGCGUGCCGACGAGCGCUUCAUUAGUGUAAGUGGACUUUUUUUUUUCUCUCUCUCGUUCUCCACUCAUAUGUUGUACGGGCACGUCAAGAUGCUCUGGGCGCGUUACCUACUGAAGACCGGGACGCCCAUGCGGAAGAGCUCAACCACCUCCAGUCUGUUCUCAACAACCUUCAAAUGUAACCUAUGUGUGUGUGUGUGUGUGUGUGUGUGUGUGUGUGUGUGUGUGUGUGUGUGUGUGUGUGUGUGUGUGUGUGUGUGUGUGUGUGUGUGUGUGUGUGUGUGUGUGUGUGUGUGUGUGUGUGUGUGUUUUAAUUCAGGCAUGGCGUUGGUGUUCUUGCGAUGUGUCUCCUUCGGAUUGAGUGAAGUCCCAGUCAUGAUUGGCGAGUGGUUGCAAUCUGCGAUUGACUGCUCUCCUUAUUCGAAGCCUAUCGGCUAA